CGUCUCCCUCCUUCCGAGCUCUGUGUCGCUGCAUGACCCACACACCGCUCGCCCGGCCGCCUUGAAUCGACCGCAAUUCAUAAGUGGCUUCUCUCCCUUCCUCCCUCCUCUUCUGAUUCCUCUACUUCUUCUUUUAUCCUCCUCCUCCUCCUACCUCACACCAUUCUUCCCCUCCCUCCUAAGCUUCAUCUAUCUCUACGGGUGUGGAGAGCAACGACCAGUACACCUGCAAAUACAUUCUUAAAUCCCCGGAAGUGGUCAAUUGUUCGUGUCGGUUAUUCCACCACAUCAGCCACCAUGGUUCAGUCCGCCAUUCUCGGUUUCCCCCGCAUGGGUGUCAACCGUGACCUGAAGAAGGCUACUGAGGCUUACUGGGGCGGCAAGAUCUCUCAGGAUGAGCUCCUCGCCGAGGCCAAGAGGCUGAGGCUCGCUCACUGGAAGAUCCAGAAGGAUGCUGGUGUUGAUGUCAUCCCCUCCAACGACUUUGCCCUGUACGACCAGGUCCUCAGCCACAUCCAGGACUUCGGCGCUGUCCCAGAGCGAUAUGCCGGCUCCAAGCUGAACCGCGUCGACGAGUACUUCGCCAUGGGUCGUGGCCACCAGAAGGAUGGUGUUGACGUCCCCUCCCUGGAGAUGGUCAAGUGGUUUGACUCCAACUACCACUACGUCAAGCCUACCCUGCAGGACAACCAGACCUUCAAGCUCACUGCCGAGCCCAAGGCUGUUGUCGAGUACAAGGAGGCCAAGGAGGCCGGCAUUGAGACCCGCCCCGUCCUCGUUGGACCCGUCUCCUUCCUGCACCUCGGCAAGGCCGACCGUGGCCAGUCCGUUGACCCCAUCGACCUCCUCGACAAGCUUGUCCCCGUCUACGAGGAGCUCCUCACCCAGCUGAAGCAGGCUGGUGCCUCCACUGUCCAGAUCGACGAGCCUGUCCUCGUCCUGGACCUGCCUGCCAAGGCCAAGGCUGCCUUCAAGCCCACAUACGAGAAGCUCGCCAGCCUCGGCGACAAGAUCCCCAACCUUGUCUUCACCACCUACUUCGGUGACAUCGUCCACAACCUUGAGGCUGUGCCCAAGGACGUCUACGCUGUCCACGUUGACCUUGUCCGCAACCCUGAGCAGCUCGACACCGUCGUUGCUGCCCUUGGCCCCAAGACCAUCCUGUCUGCCGGUGUCGUCGACGGCCGCAACAUCUGGAAGACCAACUUCAAGCGGGCCAUUGAGAUCGUCGAGUCCGCUACCCAGAAGCUCGGUGCUGAGCGUGUCAUCGUCGCCACUUCUUCUUCCCUCCUCCACACCCCCCACACUCUUGCCAGCGAGAAGAAGCUCGACCCUGAGAUCGCCGACUGGUUCUCGUUCGCCUCCGAGAAGGCUGUCGAGGUCGCCGUCAUUGCCAAGGCCGUCACUGAGGGCCCUGCUGCCGUCCGUGAGCAGCUCGAGGCCAACGCCAAGUCUAUCCAGGCUCGCGCCACCUCCACUCGCACCAACGACCCCAAGGUUAAGGACCGCCAGUCCAAGAUCACCAAGGCUGACUACAACCGCAAGUCUGAGUUCCCCCAGAGAAUUGCCCAGCAGCAGAAGAAGCUGAACCUUCCUCUGUUCCCCACCACCACCAUCGGCUCCUUCCCCCAGACCAAGGAGAUCCGUGCCUCUCGUCAGAAGCUCACCAAGGGUGAGAUCUCCGCUGCCGAGUACGACAAGUUCAUCGAGAAGGAGAUCGAGGACAACGUCAAGAUCCAGGAGGAGCUUGGUCUUGAUGUCUUCGUUCACGGUGAGCCUGAGCGUAACGACAUGGUGCAGUUCUUCGGUGAGCGUCUGGACGGCUAUGCCUUCACCACCCACGCCUGGGUUCAGAGCUACGGUUCCCGUUGCGUCCGUCCCCCAAUCAUCGUCGGUGACAUCUCUCGUCCCGCCCCCAUGACCGUCAAGGAGUCCAAGUACGCCGUGUCCGUCUCCAAGAAGCCCAUGAAGGGCAUGUUGACUGGCCCCGUCACCUGCCUCCGGUGGUCUUUCCCCCGUGACGACGUUCACCAGUCCGUCCAGGCCGAGCAGCUCGCUCUGGCCCUCCGUGACGAGGUCGUCGACCUCGAGAAGGCCGGCAUCGACGUCAUCCAGGUCGAUGAGCCUGCCCUGCGUGAGGGUCUGCCCCUGCGCUCUGGCAAGGAGCGUGAGGCCUACCUCGACUGGGCCGUCAAGGCUUUCCGCCUGUCCACCACUGGUGUCGAGGACGCCACCCAGAUCCACUCCCACUUCUGUUACUCUGAGUUCCAGGACUUCUUCCACGCCAUCGCUGCCCUUGAUGCCGAUGUCCUGUCCAUCGAGAACAGCAAGUCUGACGCCAAGCUGCUCAAGGUCUUCGUCGACUCUGCCUACCCUCGCCACAUCGGACCUGGUGUCUACGACAUCCACUCCCCUCGUGUUCCCAGCGAGCAGGAGAUCAAGGACCGCAUCGAGGAGAUGCUUCAGUUCCUCAAGCCUGAGCAGCUCUGGAUCGACCCUGACUGUGGUCUGAAGACCCGUCAGUGGAAGGAGACCAAGGAGGCCCUGGCCAACAUGGUCAGCGCCGCCAAGUACUUCCGCGCCAAGUACGCUCAGUAAAUUCUUUCAACACAGACCUCUGUCCCUGGUGGCGAACGGUCAUAUUAAUGGAGAUGAUUCGAGAUAAUGAUGGGUUCUAAUACGGGCCGGCGACUUGGAAACUAGCGCCGGUCCCGACUUCAACAUCGGCGUUCAUGCGAAAAGCUGAGGGAUUCAGCGAGGCUUUGUUUUUUCAACCAAAAACGGCAUUCAGGGAGAGGUGUGAACGGCGCAAAAAUUCAACAUAUACCCAUACAGGCAUUGCAAGGCAAGGGCGGAAAGGCAUCCAGAGUAGCUACCCUCAACGGGACUACCAUCUUGGAUCGAGUUCAAAACAUGACUCGACGGCGUUGGGAACUUGAAAUGAUGUGAUGAUGGGUGCGAGCGGUUUGCUCGGCAUCGGGAACGGAAGGUCUAGUGAUGUAAAUGUACCCUAGGGUAGUGACGAGACAGAUUGAUUGAGGGGGCAGCAUGCUCGGCUCAAGAGGUGUGGCGUAUGAACGAAUACACAAACUGACC